GUAGAUGGAAUGAAAAAUGUUUUGGACAGGCAGCCAGAAGCACACCAACUGAUACCACGAUUUAUUAUGCUGUUAGGGAAAGAUAUAUGCCAAAGACACAUGAAUGUUUUAUCCUGUGCAGAUCACAUCAAGCCUGGAGAUUCAGCCAGGGAUUACCUGUUAAAGAGAAUAGCAUUAAGAUUCUUGGCUGGAGAAAUACAACCAGCGACUAAUCCCAGGGUGGAGGUCUCCAGACAUGUCACACCUGAUUUUUUGAUGGCAGUUGAUUUGAAUCAGAGGGAAUUAUGGAAUGAUACGUUUGAAGGAUUGGACAGUAAUUUAUUAGCGAUGUCUACUAAUUUGGUGAACCAAGCAGUCCAGGAUGAGGGGUUAACGGUUGAGGAUGCAUCGGAGCACUGGAUAGUAUGCCAACAAAUGAUGAAAGGGGGAAGCCAGGUAGAAGAAUUGAAACCUAGAGUACCUUUUGUUGAAGCAAUAACAUAUUCAGAUGAGAGUAUUUAUAGAUCAGGAUACCAUGAGAGAGGAAGAGGCCAUGGUAGAGGACAAAACACCCCACCCCAAGGAGGUAGAGGGUGGAAUAAUCAAAAUGAGCCCCAGAAGGGAGUACAUGUGAUUUGGAAUAUCGCUUGGAGGGUCUCUGCGUUGGAGCCCAGAGUAGUCGGCGGGCCCAGGUUCCUCUACCGGCCACAGUUUGCCCUCCACAGGGAAAGAUCAGACCCAGGAGUCCCUCUACAAGGACGCAGCAGUGAUCAGGCAUUGGAAGGAAAAGGAUGUUUCUCACCUAUGGUGUCCUGGAGAUACGACAGGUCUUUUACGUGAUCAGCUUGGAUCUCCUCAAUCCCCAGCCUAACCCCAGCCAGCUCCUUGGACACUGCAAACAACAGAGGGCAGAAAAGAACUGCUGUACAUGGGCGCGUCAAAGGGAGAGACCCCACCCAUGUGCAA